GUCUUCCCCCAAAAUCAGUUGCCACCAUCAGAGUACCCCCCUAUACCAGGCAUCCCCCAUCAGAGUGCCCCCUUACAUCAGGUAUUUCCAUCAGAGUGCCCCCUUACAUCAGGUAUUUCCAUCAGAGUGCCCCUUACAUCAGGUAUUGCCAUCAGCGUGCCCCCUUACAUCAGAGUGCCCCUUACAUCAAGGUAUUUCCAUCAGAGUGCCCCCUUACAUCAGGUAUUGCCAUCAGCGUGCCCUCCUUACAUCAGGCAUUUCCAUCAGAGUGCCCCCAUAUAUCAGGCAUUUCCAUCAGAGUGCCCUCCUUACAUCAGGCAUUCCAUCAGAGUACCCCCUUACAUCAGAUUUCUGCAUCAGAGGGCCCCCUUACAUUUGGUGUCUCCCAUUAGAGUGCCCCAUUAUAUAAGGUGUGCCCAUCAGAGUGCCCCUUUACAU